AUGCUCGGCAGCGUCCUCGCCCUGCUCUUUGUCCGACUGCCUCUCUGGACUGUGCUCAGCUUGGUUCCAUCUGGGCGUCCGCUGCCAUCAUGGACCCUCGGACGCUCGCUGAUUCUCCGUGUAUUCCAAGCAUACGUGGGCAUCCUGUACAACACCAGCGUUGAGACCCCCGUCCGUCCUCAGCCGGACGCCUCCAACGCCUCCAAAUCUUGCCUAGUGUGGGUUGAGCCGACUCCCGACCUCAUCCUUGGCGACAUCCGCGAUUUUGUAGACGCGAACAAUGUGAAGCCUGAGAGUGUCCCGGGAUACUGGAACGGCUCUCGGGCGUCGGAUGGCCCGAUGGGCUCCGCGUCACCAUCCGAUCCAGGUUGCAGGACGGCCUUUGCCGGCUUCUCCGAGCACUUUCGUCACAACCCACGCAUCUUCAGCUUAGAAUAUCGCCUCGCGGGAGCGGAACCAUUCAAAGCGCAAAAUCCGUUUCCUGCCACGCUGCUCGAUGCCGUUGCAGGCUACCGCUACCUGGUACAGGACAUCGGCUUCCAGCCGCAAGACAUUCUUCUGAGCGGCGAUUCCGCUGGCGGACACCUCGCCUUCACGCUCGCGCGCUACUUGGCGACAUACGAGCUCCCUGGUCUGCUCAAUGCCGGAGGGCUGCUGCUCCUCUCGCCUACGGUCGACUGGGCGAACACGCACAAUGGCCCAGACUCGUCGAUGGUGCGGCAUUCCCGCACAGACUUUGUCGGUCCGAUAUUCACGACUGGCUACACCGAGCGUGCACUCCGCGGCGCGCUGCCCGCAGACACGACCGCCAUCAGCGCGUGGAUCUCGCCUGGCUCGCUGCGCGCGCAGGUGACGCCGGGGAUGUUCGCACGGCUCCCGCGCGCAUGCAUCGUUGCAGGCGGCGCAGAAAUGACGCUGGAUGCGAUGGUCACACUGAAGGAGCGCAUGGAAGCGGACAUGGGCACGGAGGCUGUGCAGUUCAUGGAGGUGCCGAAUUGCACGCACGACUUCCUUACGAUGGGCUGGCACGAGCCGGAGAGGACAAGCACGCUGGAGGAGGUGGCAAAAUGGGUGGGGACCAUAUGGUCGUCUGCGUAG